AUGGAUGGGAAACUACCAGACGGAGAUGAUAUUGGACAAAUCAAAAUUAGUAAAAGAAAGAAAACACUAGAAGUUCAACUAGGUUCUCAGGUUAGAAAAAGGUCUCAUUUCACUUUGCUAAAGUCCAUCCAGAAUCUUGGAAUCCUAUGUGGUCUCUGGCAAGGCCUGGGGAUGUUUUUUCAUUUGACAUACUUCAAGUAUUUUGUGGGAUACGUCCAACGACAACGAGCAGGCGGCAAGUGUAUUGAUGAGCAGCGGGAUGGUGGCAUGGAGCAGUUGAGUAGUGCUUAUAAGCUUGACAUCUUUGAUGAAUCCAGCCCAAACUGA